AUGUUUAGACAGUUGGCACUUUUUAUACUGUGGCUAGUAUGUCUGCAAGGUUUGUUUACAUCAAUCUGGUAAUUUAUAGCAACAAAUUCUUUACUCCUCCUAAUGUAUCAUAAUUAGCAUGAGUUACUAAUGGCCUGAGGUUUGUAAAAAUCGUAAUAAGGUUUUAUAUUAGUUUGUUCAAAUAAUUAUGGGCCCUUAAUCCUAAAAAUUUUCUUUGAAAGAGCACAAAAUCAUUUGGACAAACUAACCUUUUUAAAAAAAUAAUUGUACCGUUAGCUAGACUAGACUAAACAAUACUUUACGCAUUAUAAACUGGAAUUGAAACUUUUUAUUUUAGUCAGAUGCCAAGCCCAACUACCAGGUUUUUCAAAUCCGCCAGAUUUUAAUUCUGGACCAUUUCUGUGAGUACUUAGCUGUAAUACACCUUUGGUAAAUGACUUUUUAAACUAAAAAACUAAAAAAAAUAUUUUCUUUGUAGAAACCCACCAAUGGACGUUGGUAUGCUACCAAUACCUCCAGUACCGCCUAUCAACUUGGACGACUCAAACAUAGAGCAAAGUGAAACUGUUGAAGGUAAGAGUUGUAAAUAAGUAAGAGUAUGUUUGGUAAGAGUUUUUACUUUAUUGUAAGGAAGAUAAGAGUAGAUAGGUCAUUAUUUUAUAAGUUAUGAACUUUUUAUAAUCAUGAUACUUGUAGUUUUGAGAAAUUUUAGAGAUAACAACAGAAGAGUAGUCAACAACAGGCUUGUCACCGCUUGA